AUGUUAUUUACAAUUAAUCUAAUUCAGCUUUGUUUGCUGAUCAGAACUCUCCUAGCGGCACCUUUUACAUUCCCGGACGGCAGCACCAAGCAAAACCGUACCGAGCAAAUAUCUUCCCGACAGGCGGAAUUCGAAGGCCGUAGUUUGCGUGGAGGAUACAGCCAAGAUGGACGGCCCAACUACAGCCGAUACAACGUUUAUGAGCAUGAGUACGAAGAUCUCCGCAGAUCCACCACCACUGUCCGACCGUAUCUCACGACAACAGCAAGAACGACUCCCCGUGCGCAAUCCUACCACAACCGACAACCGAACGCUUAUUUCAACCGGUUGCCACCACCGAAAAAUGACGAGCCGAUCGACGCGGAACCGGAAGAUGACUACAGUGACGAGAACGUCAUCGAUGCUCCCGAUCCGGUAACAUCGAAACCGGCUACCGCCGCGGAUUAUAGCAGUAGCGCCUAUGGUAAUAAACCAACGAUUUUCAGUAACAAUUUCUUCGAUUUGAACGAUAAGUUCUUCGGGGUAGGAAACAUUUUCGGAGAAAAUCGUCGCAAACAUAAGUUUAAAUUUAAGCGACGGAAACCGGGUCAGCCCUGUAUUCCGUAUGAUUUCUUUAAUAAGUUCAGAACUACUGGCCGCGAUGCCUACGGCAAUCGAAUCGAGCCGAAAACAUUUUAUCCUCCUCUGAAUUUGGUUCUGGCGGACGUAAACUACUACUCACCAUCGAACAAUUACAACAGUGGUCACGGUGCUGGAGGAAUAUCCGAUACACCUAGUGGUAGCCAGGGAACAAUUUUCAAUAACAACUUCUACGAUGCUGUUGGAGGUUACCCGUGCAGCGGGUCAAGCUUUGGCAAUAAACCACACAAACCGCAUGGUGGUCCACUCGGGUUCUUCGGACAAGGAGGACUUUUCGAUUGGACGACCUCGUCUGAUGCAGUCCAAAGUGACACGGGAGUAGGAGGAGGCACGGGCAACCGACCGACUGUGGUUUUCAACCUGAACGAUGCUAUCGAUACGGUGGCAACUAAUUGGAAACCAGGUCAAAAUUUCCAGAAUAUGAUGCAGGUAAUUGCCGAAUUUAUCACAUCGGUAGCCGGAGGAGCUCCCGUUGCAGCCAGCGAAGUUGUUGGUGACACCGUCGAUACAGUGCGUAAGGUUAACAGAGAGUUUGUUAGUUUGUUUACAUGA